AUGCACGCCCAUUGGUCCAAUCUGACGAAGCUCUGCAUUGUGCUGAUGCUGCAGAUCCAGCUAUCGCGUCAGAGCUAUGUCGGCAGUGAACUGCACGCCCCCAGUGUUCAUGGACUGGCGGCCGGUAUUCUGGGAAACUUUGCGGGCGCUCAGAGUGGUGGGGAGGCGCUCCUCGGCCUGGAGAGCGGAAGUCCGUUGAGCUCAGGACAUGAGGAGGUCAGUGAGCACGAGAUAUCAGGGGCGACAGACUAUGGCUAUAGCGGUGGCGAGGAAUAUGCCGAGGCGGCUGCCAGUGAGGGGCAUGAGCAGUACGAAGCACCCCAAUUUCUGGGCAAGGAGUACGAUGCCAUCGAACAUGGCCAUAUCGGCGGCCUGGACUUGGAGCUCGACAGUAAGCCGGUGCCAGGCAUUGAUCAUGGCAAGAAUGCCUUCAGCUAUAGCACGCUGUACGAGUUCAAGGAUCGAGAGCACAGCUUCCAUUGAGCAGCAUACAUGUCUCUAACUGGUUAUAGGUUUGCUUGCACUCUUUAGUCCUACAUUGUUUUUUUUUUCUCGACGCGUAUUUAGUAUAAACAAUAAAAAAACGAACAGAAAGCUGCAA